AUAUGUUUUCCAUCUCGUCCUAACCGAGUCCCCUGUAAAUAUAGCUUGUGAUUAUCAUUUAUUUUUUCCAACAUCUGCGCCAGAUGUUUUCAGCCAACCAGCGCGCCCAUCAGCUUCAGUGAGUGGGAGGAAUCCGAGCAGCGGAGGAUGAUGAUGAUGAUGCUUAUGGCUGUCACAGUCACAUCCCGAGGACCACCAGCGAUUCCACAAAUGUGUUGUGUUAAGAGCCACUGCGGCAACUGAACGAUGUCCUCGGUCGGCAUUUUCGUGGGGCUCGUAGUGGCCGCAAUUGUUCGUUCUGUCAGUGGCACAGACGGCCAAACCCUGGCUUUAAUCGACUCCAAACAGAGAUCUGUGUUUCAGACUGGCGUGGUCACCAUCCUCUCUAAGUCACACGCGGACCGCAACGUUUAUCCUUCUGCCGGAGUGCUUUUCGUUCAUGUGCUAGAGAGAGAACACUUUAAAGGGGAGUUCCCACCAUAUCCGAAAGCAGGUGAUUCGAGUAACGACCCCAUCACAUUUAACACUAACCUUAAAGGCUAUCCAGACAGGCCCGGAUGGUUGCGGUACAUUCAAAGAACCUCGCACAGUGAUGGAGUCCUCUAUGGCUCUCCAACAGCUGAUCAUGUGGGCAAGCCGACCAUCAUCGAGAUUACAGCGUAUAAUAAACGCACUUUUGAAACUGCCAGGCACAACUUGGUCAUAAACAUAAUGUCUACAGAAGAGUUUCCCUUGCCCUAUCAGGCCGAGUUCUUCAUCAAGAACAUGAACGUUGAGGAGAUGUUGGCCAGCGAGGUGCUGGGAGAUUUUCUCGGUGCUGUUAAGAACGUGUGGCAGCCGGAGAGACUUAAUGCCAUCAACAUCACUUCGGCGCUGGACCGGGGAGGACGAGUGCCUUUACCCAUCAAUGACCUGAAAGAGGGUGUGUAUGUGAUGGUGGGAGCAGACGUGCCGUUCUCGUCGUGCCUUCGUGAGGUGGAGACCCCACAGAACCAGCUGCGUUGCAGUCAGGAGAUGGAGCCCGUCAUCAGCUGCGAUAAGAAGUUCAGAGCUCAGUUCAACAUCGACUGGUGCAAGAUCUCUCUGGUGGACAUCACUAAGGUUGUUCCUGUGCACAGUCACCGUCCUGACCCGGGCACAGGUGUCCUGCCAGACAUCGGCGAGUACAACCCACCGUCUGAGUUACUGAAGAGUAGAGACUAUUUCGCUGACUUCCUGAUCACCCUGGCGGUGCCCUCAGCCGUCGCCCUGGUCCUCUUCAUCAUCCUCGGCUACUCCAUGUGCUGCCGACGGGAAGGGCUGGAAAAAAGAAACAUGCAAACACCAGACAUUCAGCUGGUUCACCACAGCUCCAUUCAGAAGUCUUCGAAGGAGCUUCGCAGCAUGUCUAAGAACCGGGAGAUAUCGUGGCCUCUCUCGACACUGCCGGUCUUUCACCCUGUGAGCGGAGAGGUGGUGCCGCCCAUCCACCCCGACAACUACGAGACCACCAGCAUGCCGCUCAUGCAGACGCAGACAAAUCUUCAAAAUCAGAUCCAAAUACCACAGCAGCAGAUCUCUGGAGAUAAUUAUUGUAUGUCAACUUUUCGGAGGCUAGAGGUAAAUGGUAUUCCUGAAGAGAGAAAGGUGGCCGAAGCUCUAAACCUGUGAUCUCAUGUGUCUUCACGUUUAUACCUGUUUAAUCCUGCCAAAUGUGCAUGUCUAGCUGUGGCCUCAAGCUCCACGAUUUGUGUUCUCAUGCACAUAUCUGAAAGAACAACAUUAUUCAGUGUCAGAACAACUAAUGUUGAUAUGGGCACAUUAAAAAAUAUACUUUUAAAAUAGUAUCAACAUCAAAAGGUACACUAUGUAAUUUUCAAAAUUUAUAUAAUAAGCGAGUGCAUCAUUAAUCCAUCUUCCAAACUGCGUUUUUAUCUUAUCCCAAAUCACUACGUUAUGCCUAUCUAUAAUAAUUGUUUAUAUUGGGACUAUUUUAGAUUGAGUGGGACAACGGCCGUGGAGUAUCCCAGUACUCGCGUGACUCGUCAUAGACAUAAACAGAGAGAAGUAGCUCCGGCUACAGUGUUCAUCCUCAAGACGCAUUGCAUUUUUUAUUAACCGCUAGAGUGCCAAAACUUACAUAGUGUACCCUUUAAAUAUGGACUGGAGUCAAGCUUUUUUUUUUUUUUUUUUUACGAGUGAACAAACUCACUUUUUGCCAAAUACCAGUCGUCUUUGGUCUACCACUAAUGAAGUCACAUUUAAUGGGAUCUAAACAGGUUGAUAUUGUUCGUUUUGUUCUUACAGUAUACGAGUAAAUAUGUUUUGAUAAAUAAACUAAUACACUUGCCACUACAUAAGAUUGGCUCAUGUUUGUUCUGGGGGUGUGUAGAUACUUAAACAGAAAUGAAAAUGUUUUUGAGAAGGGAUUUAUCAACAUUGACUGUACAAUAAGAUGAAUGCAUUUCCAAAUUAAAUGAAUAUUUUCACAUUUUUGGACAAAAUGUAUUGUACACACACAAAACCAUUUCCUUUGAGGUCUUUGAUGUUUCUUUAAAUAAAAAAUAUAGCAAACUAUACAAAUAAUUUGUUAUAUGAACAAGGUGAUAAAGACAAAUAAACAUUUACGGUCAGUUGCUUGAAUGUGCCAGUUAAUGGCAGGCUGAACAAAAUUUG